AUGCCUCGUCACGAAUAUAAGACAAACGACAAUAUAUUAUUGGAUCAAAAUGAUGACUUACUUCGCAAAAUGGAAAAGUAUGUUAAAUGUCCGCGAUGUAAAAAUUAUCUUCGAUGUUACCGUCGCAAGAGAUUAACACUUGACAAAAGAGAAUGCAGGAAUGUGUGCGAUCACUGCUUAAAUGAAUAUCUAUUUCGUAAGCCAAGUAGCACACGUGCCAAAGAUAGGAAAGCUAUAGGUAGGGAAUAUUCACCAUUUAAAUAUAACAAAAGCAAGGUGAAACUAUGGCUUUCAAGAAUAAUAGAUUUAUUGGAGAGUAAUUUAAUACUUUACAAAACUGCAAAGUUAUCAAAACAAGCAGUAAAAAAGGGAUUGCUAUGCAGUGAAUCUCGAUAUAGAUCUUACAAAUUUUAUGAACCGGUGUUGGACCAAAUGUUUAGUUUUUCAAGGGGCCACACGCAAAUUAACGAAAGUUCAGAUGUCGUGAAUAAACCACAAGUUGUAAGAUAUGAUAUUGAGGGGCACGAAGAAACAUACAACAAAAUAAAAUUUGAGCAAGGUUUAGAUGAUAUUGCGUCAAUUGAUACUUUUCAUGAUGAUGUUACUAUUUCAUCUACUGAUAGUCAUUUAAAGCAUCCGUUAAUGUUACAAGAAAAGUUACACGUAUUAAAAAAGGUUAUUCUUGAAGACAGUAAAGAAAAGAAAAAAAAAUAUGGCGAGAAAUAUAAAAGAGUCUCCACAGCUAUAAGACGUAAUGUUAAUUAUACACGCGAAGAUGUUCGAGAAUUGCCUUUUGAAACACAAAUAGAAUACGAUAGACAAAAGUUUUCUGUAACAUCUUUGAAGCGGUUUAACUCUUUAGAAUCUCUGGUAACUUCAAUAUCAGGUUUCACAGAAAAAACAUUAGAACACAAUUUCAGUUACUUUUUUCCUAAAGAAGAACAGGAUAAGCACCCUAUUAGACGGCAUAAAAGCUCUUCUGAAAUAAUUAAAGAUACAAUAGAUAUGUUAAGUGAGCGUGCGGAGUUGGAAAGAAAAAAAAGGGACGAAAAACGUAUGAAAAAACUUCAAGAAGAGGAAAAAAAUAAAUUAGCACGUAUGGAAAAGUAUAAGCAAAAGGCUGAACCAGAAAAUCAGACUGAUAUAGAAGAAAAGAAAGAAGUAGCUUUUAGCACCAAUGACACAGAUAAAAUAGAAAAAGCUAGCAUAAAAUCAUCAAAAGAUACAAAAUCGGUCAAAUCAAAGUUACACAAAGCUGUUAAUGAUAUUACAAAAUCUCCGGAGUUAGAAUUUAAAAAAGAACGCGACAAAUUAGAUAAAGAAGUUCUUAAAGAAAAUCAAGUGGAGCGCCCUCUUAAAGAUAAAUCUAAAAAAGAUACGGAAAAAUCUCCCAAGGAAGAUUUGAAAAAAGACAAACCUUUGAGAAAUGAAUUUAAAAAAAGUAGAGACAAAUCUGCAAAAGAAGAUUUAGAAAAAGAAGCAUUACUUUCAAAUAAGGAGCAAAAAAUAAAAGCAAAAGAAGAAAAAGAAAAACUUUUAAAAAUAGAAAAAGCAAAAAAGAUGCAAGAACGCGCUGAAAAGGAAGAGAAACUGAAAAAUGAAAAAGAAGAAAAAGAAAAACUUUUAAAAAUAGAAAAAGAAAAAAAGAUGCAAGAACGCGCUGAAAGAGAAGAAAAACUGAAAAAUGAAAAAGAAGAAAGAGAAAGACUUAAAAAAGAAAAAGCUGAACAAUCCCUAAAAGAGAAAGAGCGAAUACAGAAAGAAAAAAGUCAUAAGCCGUCUGACCAUGAAGUAAAACGUAUUGACCUAAAAGAAAAGCACGCGAAAGGUGAAAAGGUUAUAGAACAAAAACAUACAGAAAAAGGUAAUAGUGAUAAACGAAUGCAAGAAAACUCUGAAAAAAAAUUAAAAGAAGAGGCAUAUUCAAAAAUGGCUAUAGAUGAUUCUCAAUCAAAACCUGAACCUGAUGAAAGAAGAGGUGUGACUAAGCCAAAAAAAGAGGAGGUGACAACCUUUAAGGAAUUGAAUAUUAGCCAAGUGAAAUUGAGAAAACAUUCACAGGACAAUUUAAUAUUGCAACUUGUUAAAUUAAAACAGUCUGAAAAAAAGGAACCUCGGGGGAGACCACAACGUUUAUCAGAAAUAAAUGUAUCACCUAUCAUACGUCGGGCACAUAAAGACCAUAACAAUAUCCACGACUCGUGCAUUCUUUGCUGUGAUUCUGAUUUAGAACUUGAUGUCGAUAAUAUUUUAUUCGGUGAACAAAAAUUAAGUGAACCGACAGAUCUGGUAAUGGGUCGAAAAAUUAUUAAACUCAAAGAGUCUCCUAGGAUUAAUAAAAAAGAGACCAAAAAUAUUACCGCAUUUGAGCCUUUAAUGUUUCAAUCUACUUUUAUUGAAGAAGACUCUCUGAAGACCUCGGAUAUAAGUACCUUAGUGAAAAGUAAACCUUCACCUGUGUCCAAGCGAAUUGACCCGGAGGCUGCCAAAGGUGUAAUAAGAUACGCUCUGUCGGACCGCUCCUUUAUCGACAAAGGUUGGACGAUGUUACCCACUGAGAAAGUGGUCCGAAAAAUGAACGUAUAUCGUAUGAGACCAGCACAUCCUGAGUUCGAUUGGUUUGAACAUAACAAAAAUAAAAAAUUAAUGCAUUACGAUACAGGUGAAAAACUAGCUGAGUUUGAUGAUGAUGGAAAAGGUAGAUGGUUUUAUCGGAAUGGCAGAUUAGCUCUCGAUUAUUACGAUGCAGAAGAAACAAACGCUCAACAACGAUUUGUAAUCUACAGCAACGGUGAGCCAGACGAGCGUGGCCGUCCUCGUCCUUUCACAAUACUAGCUACAUUUGACUAUUUAGGUAACGGUGUGGUGUUUGAUCACAGCGGGAAAAUAAGGCUCAAAUAUAACCAAACGGAAGGAGUUAUUUUAGAUAAAAGUAUUGGGCCUGUAUCACAUUGGAAAUGGCAUACAUUAAAUGACCCGCCUGUACUUCAACAAGUUAUGAUUGACACUCAGAUGGCGCAUAAAGAUCCAGAGAUACUAAAACUGGGAGGCCAUGGGGAUGAAAAGCCAAGACAAGAUAAUGAAGAAAUGCUCGCCAUCGAAUUUGACAACUUUAUAAAAGAGAAGAGUAAGAAAUUAACACAAAAAUUUAAGCCUUUUCAAAUCAAAAUGAAGGCACUUAAAAUUAACGAGAACUUUUCUUUGAAAGUUCUCGAUCAAGCUACAGUAUAUUUAAUUUUUCGAGAUGGUUCAACGAAUUUGAAAUUAAAUAUAGGAAUGAUCCUGGAUCAUAAGGAAAUAGUUGAUACUGAUACAGCAGAAGUUGGAGAAGUAUCUAACAGUCUAGAACGCUUUCCCGCCAAAACUGAUAGUUUAGCGGGCCUACAACACAGUGUUGCCCAUGCUCAACGAGUAGAGCGGGCUCGGAUAGAACGUGAGCGACGAUUGCGACCCACUCAGUCUAACACAAGCGCCGAUAAACUAACAGCUGCUGCUUCGAAACCCUUGCGGCACCCAUUUCGCACGACAGCUAUACCUUCAAAUCCUUCAAUUAAUACUACAGAAUGUCGUUGUAAAUAUAGAAAGCCAUCUACUUGUAAUAUUUAUUAUGAUACACGUUUAGUUUAA